UUGAUGACGUCUCUUUGAGGCGACAGAAGGAGGGCGGUUUGAAAGCCAAACAGCCAACUUGUGUCAAUAUUCGGAAGAUAGUACAUAUUUUUGUCACGAGGUUAAAACAUAUCCUUAUUUUGAGCUAAAACCUUUAUGCUAGAGGUUCCUAAGAUGAACGCGGAGUUAUUCUUGCUCUUUUUAGGCGACUUUCCUGACGCUAACGGGACUCGGUGAGGCAGUUAGCUUACUCUCUCUGCUGCAUGCUGGACACCGAGCUGUCUUUAGCUCAGUGCUAAGUCCGUUUAAGGAUGGCGAGUGUGCAUGAAAGUUUGUAUUUUAACCCCAUGAUGACUAACGGGGUGGUCCACGCUAAUGUGUUCGGCAUUAAAGACUGGGUGAGUCCAUAUAAAAUCUCCGUGCUGGCGCUGCUGUACGAGAUGACCUCCUCAAAGAUCACCCUGCCGGAGAGAAGGCGGCUGAACAAGCUCAUCCUGCCCCUCCAACAGGGUCCAGACCUGACUCUUGGUCAGUUCCUGAAGACUGUGGAGGAGUGUUGUCCUAAGACCGCCUAUGCAGUCAAACUCAGGCUGCAUGAGAUGGCAGACGGAGAGCUGAAAGACAUGGAGUACUUCUUCUCCACUCUCCCCACUCCGUUCACCGCUUUCGAUUCUGAGGCUUACAAAACCAGCGUCGUAGGUCUUUUCAUGAGGCACAUGCUGCUGGCGUACAACAAGCUGUCUUUCAGUCAGGUGUACAAGCUGUACAAGUCCCUGCAGCACUAUUAUCACAGCCAUUACGCCAAGCCCACGGACGGGCAGGUGUGUGUGCCCACACUGGCUGCAGAUGACUCGGACAUGGACCUCACCAGCACCGAGGACACCGUGGGGGACCGAGCGGACAAAGAAGAGCUGGACACCCCACUGCAUGAGUCCGAACUUCGAUGUGACAACACGCCGAGCCGGGGCCCCCUCUCUCAAAAACAGGCCGAAUACUUUCUUUCUAGACAGGCUUACCUUCUGAAGAACGACGAGAACAAAGCCCUGAGGCCGGCGGCGCUGCAAGAGGAGCUCAACAACAUGCUGAAGUUUAACCCGGACUUUGCAGAAGCGCAUUACCUGAACUACCUGAACAGCAUGAGAGUCCAGGACAUCUUCCUCUCCGCUCACAGCCUCCUGCACUACUUCGACCGCCUCAUCCUGUCCAGCAACGAGGGAAAGAGCAACGGAGACGAGGGCUACGGCCGAAGCCUCCGCUACGCCGCGCUGAACCUGGCCAGCCUGCACUGCCGCUUCGGCCACUAUCAGCAAGCCGACCUGGCUCUACAGGAGGCCAUUCGCAUUGCCCAGGAGUCCAACGACCACGUGUGCUUACAGCAUUGUCUGAGCUGGCUCUACACACUGGAACACAUGAAGGGAUCGGAAAGCACAGUGUUGACUCAGGAUUCGGUGAAAAUGGCCGCUCAUUUCUGCCUGCCGUACCUGGGAUCUCUGGACAUUCAGUCGCUGGUCCAGCAGGGGGCGAUGCAGGGUAAGGCUGCGCACAAGCUGAUGGACGCUCUGAAGGACACGGAGAUCCUGCACUGGAAGCACAGCCUGUCGGAGCUGAUCGAGAUCAGCCUGGCUCAGACCACGUCCAUAUGGAGGAUGUACGGCAAGAGCACCAUGGCUCUGCAGCAGGCCCAGCUCCUUCUCAACAUGAGCAGCCUGGAACCGGUGAACUUCGGGGUCCAUCAGAACAACACGGAGGCGUUCGCUGUGGCUCUGUGCCACCUGGCCGAGCUGCACGCCGAACAGGGGUUGUACAGUGCAACUGCAGAGAUUUUUCAGCAUCUGAAGGAACAGUUUCCUCCUCACACGCAACAUUCAAAGCUCUGGAUGCUUUGCAAUCUGAAAAUCCAGUUUGAGAGACACAUGAACAACAGGAAGUACCAUUUAGCGGAGCCGCUUGUAAAGGCCAUGUCUGCUUUAAACAAAACAGAGGGACUGUACAGGAAAGCCCAAGUUCUGAAGGCCCUGAACCGCAGCACCGAGGCCUACAGCAUCCUGCAGCAGCUGCAGGUUCACUGCGAGAAGACCAAGUGCACGGAGAUCAUCAUCAGAGUGAUGCUGUCCACCGCCGAGCUCCACUGGGAGUCGUCCAGCUUCUCCACGGCUCUUCCUCUCCUCCUGCAGGCCUUGGCUCUGGCCAGGCAGCACCACCUGCAGUCCCUGGCCUCAGAGGGCGUCCUUCAUCUGGCCUUCACUCAGCUGAUGCUGGGCAUCCCUGGGCAGGCGCUGACUGUUCUCCAUGAAGCCAUGGAGCCCAUCCUCGCCCACGGAGCUGUCAUCGACAAAGGCCGCGCCAUGCUGCUGGCAGCUCGCUGUCACAUGGCUGUAGCUGGCUUCAGGCUGAAAGAACAGGGCCAUCUAGGCCAGCAUUCGGCAGCUUUGGCUGUUGACGGUCUCAACGAGGCCGAGUCUUAUUUCUCCAGGCUCAGCUGUAAGGAGCGCCUCCGGGACGUCCACUACCUCCAGGCGCAGCUCCACCGCUCGCUGGGACAGACGGCGCAGAGCAACAAAAGCGCCAUGAACUUCAGGCUGCUGGACCAGGAGCUGCAGUCCCCAGCCCCACCGGUCUUCAUGCAGCUCUGACAGAGCGCAACCCUCGCAGCGUCAUCAGACUGGUUGCAUUACGACACGUACAGUACCGCGGCUCACCACUAGGUGGGGGUGAAGCCCUGUCCUGAUUUGUCUCGGCACUAAGACACAGCAAAAAGACCACAGUCUCACCAAGUAUUUUUGGUCUAGUUUCUAGUAUAAAUAUCUUAGUUCACUUGAAAUGAGAACUAAUUUACAAAUA